AAAAUAAAAUAAUGUUUAGAAAAGGAAGAAAUGACCCUUUAGAAUUAUUAAGAGAUCAUGUGAUUCAUCAUAAAUAGAUAAAAUUAAGAAGCAAAAAUACUGAUCAUAGAUUGCUUUUUGAUAAUAAUAUUGAAUUUAAAUGUUCGACUGUAAUUUGAUAUAUAAAUAAUUAAAAGGAAACAGCAUGGAAAUCUAAAUCAGGAUAAGAAUACACAUUAGGAGCAUUAUGGUGUUUUUUAGAUUGUCAUUUACAAGGAUUGGAAUAAAAAAAUUAUAGAAAGAAAGCAUUGGAUCUAAAUUUUGAAUAGGUGUUUAAAGCAGACAAUUAAGAUAUAAUUGAAUAUUUUACUGGUAAAGUAGAUUAUACAGAUUGUAUAAAUGCAGACAAGAAAGCAUCUUUAUAUAAUAGAAAACCCCUCCAAAAUAAUGAAGAUAUUGAACAAGCAAGUUUAAAGAAGGUUAAGCCUGAUUAAGAGAAAGAGGUACUUUUAUAAAUGUAAUUAGCCAUUAACUGAAAAAGAAUUCAAUCUAAAAGUUUUUGAUGAAAUUUUAAGAUUUGAAAAACCAAUUACUACUAGAAAUAGAUUAUUUAGAGUUUAAGAUAGAACAUUUGAUGAUAUUUUAAAAACAGCAUAAAAAGUAUGUAUUUUAAAUCUAUUUAGAUAUUUUAAGGUUAAUAUGUUGGAGUCGGAGGAGAUGAAGAAGAAUUGUAAUAAAUUCUAGGAACUAGAAUACAAGAUGUUAAUAAAGCUAAAUAAUUAUCAAGUGCAAAACUAUCCUAUUCAGUUUUGAAUGAAUUUAUUAAAUCUAAAGAUAAACCAAUCAUUAUAGUACCUUAAAUUGCUGAAUUGGGAAACAUUUGUUUAAGAAAUGUUUAAUAAUUUUUAGAAUAAGGACAAUAUUUAGAUCCAAAUGGUCUUAAAUUCACGAAUGAAUCAAGAUCUGUUUAAAUUAAAGUAAAGUUAAGACUAACUGAUAUGUAAUCAAUUCUAAGUUAUUUUAUUUUUAGUGAAUAGUAGUUUUUAAUAUUGGAUACUCCUAAUGCAAUUACUAAUUGGAAAAGAGUAGUUGCUGUAUUUUUAAGAGGAUCUACUUAUGAAUUGAGAUAAUUUCCUGAUUAAAAUCCUAAUCAAUUAUUUAAAAAGUAUAAUUAAUUAUCAUAUCAAAACUUAGUAUUAGAGGAUAUCAUAUGAAGUUUGAGGAGGAAAAAGUUAAAGACUUAAUCAAACAAUGGAAUGUAAAGGUUUUGGAUUUACACAGAAGCAAAAGAUACUAAGAUAUUGAUGUGGUGAAUGCAUUUUGGGAAGAUUUAGAAGCAUUUCUAUUGAGACCUGCUAAGUUAUCAUAAUAAUAAUGA